AUGUGCAAGGAAGUCAGCGUCGAUGAGUGUCCGUGGUCAUUUCCAGCGAGCUGCCCCAAAUCCACAAAGGUGCCGCUAAGGGAACUUCUAGCGGAACUGCACAGCAGAAACAUAGAAGUCAGCUCCGUGAAGGCUCCCCGCUUCCGGGCCGGACAGUACGCCCACAACAACAGGCUUCAAAGGAAGGACAGCAACUUCGUGCUCGACUUCUGCCAGCCGACAUUCCUGCAGGGCUGCCACGAGAAGAUGCAGUUCCUCGACGUCGGCUGCGGCACCGGCGACUUCACUCGGGAUUGCCUGCUGCCCCGUUGUUUGCCCUGUCGACGAAUCGUGGCCACGGACUGGUCUCAAGACAUGAUCGACUAUGCGAAGCGGUACUCUGCCCACGUCAAGAUCGACUACCAGCAGCUCGACAUCUCGGCUGACGUCACAGACUUUCUUGGUCGCAAUGGUCUGUUCCACCGGGUCUACUCCUUCUACUGUCUGCACUGGGUGAAGAACCAGGACGCCGCGUUGAAGAACAUCUCCAGCCUCUUGACGCCUGGAGGAGAAUGCUUACUGCUCUUUCCGGCCUCCAACCCGGCAACCGCGGGCUGGCAACUAUUGGCUAAGAUGGACCGCUGGACAAAGUAUUCGGAGCAACUGUUGGCAUACAUCGCUCCCUGUGAGUAUAUGGAGGACAAACAAGAACAGAUCGAUUACAUGCGCUUCUUGCUGAACGACGCCGGACUUUCGCCCAGCAUCUUCGCAAUACCAAGGUUGGCAACCUUCGACGGCUGGACUGAGGCGGACAUAAUCGGACUCCACAUGAGCAUCGUUCCAAUAAACCAGCUCGUCACCGACGACGAGAGGAAGCAGCUGAGGGAUGACGUCACGGCAAUCGUCCGCAAACUUCACGGACCACAGACAGACCCAUCACGAUUUCGCAUGUACAUCAUCAAGGCCUCAAAGUCGAAGAGCUAGAACGACAAGCACUUGGACCCAAACUGCAGGACGGGCAUGUCGCAUGGAUUGGGUAGAUAUCAGUACAGAUGACAAGCCUUUUUAUAAAUGCGCAGUUUAGUUGCCCAAUCUUUAGUAAAAUAUUUUAUUUGUCUUUUA